AUGAAUAUUGUCGAGUGGGCGUUCGGUAAACGUAUGACGCCGGCGGAGCGUCUACGCAAACACCAGAGGGCUCUCGAUAGGACGCAGCGAGAACUGGACCGGGAGCGCAUCAAGCUGGAGAACCAGGAAAAGAAACUCGUGCAGGACAUCAAGAAGAGCGCAAAGAAUGGUCAGAUCGGAGCGUGCAAAAUCCAGGCCAAGGACCUGGUGCGGUCGAGAAGAUAUAUCCAGAAAUUCUACCAAAUGCGAACGCAAUUACAAGCCAUCUCUCUCCGUAUUCAGACCGUUCGCAGCAACGAGCAGAUGAUGCAGUCCAUGAAAGGCGCGACGAUGCUUCUUGGCAGUAUGAACCGACAGAUGAACCUCCCCGCCUUGCAACGGAUCGCCAUGGAGUUCGAACGAGAGAACGAUGUUAUGGAUCAACGCCAGGAUAUGAUGGACGAUGCGAUUGAUGAGGCAACGGGUAUGGAAGCAGACGAGGAAGAAGGCGAAGACAUUGUCAAGGAGGUUCUGGACGAAAUUGGCGUGGAUCUUAACCAGUCGUUGGGAGAGACACCUUCGGACAUACAAAAGGCUACCGUCAGCGAAUCCCGAGUCGCCCAGCCUGUGGGUGCUGGUGCCACUGCCGGCGGCGGUGGUGUUGGUGGUGUUGGUGGUGGUGGUGGUGAUAGUGGUGGCGGCGGUGGAACUACAAGCGAUGAUGAUUUGCAAGCACGGCUUGACAGCCUUCGAAGAUGA